GUUUGAUCUUGUAUAUUAUUUCAGUUUUUCAUUUUAAUUUUAAAUAAAAGUGACUAAUAACAUUUGAUUUUGUGGUUAUGCGUUUAGUUCGCAGAUACUAAAAAAGAGAAAUAUAAUAAACAAGUUGAUUUUAAACAUUUUUAGAGAUGGAUUUCCUAGAAUAUACCGAUGUAAUUGCAGAAGUUAAAGGAGCCAUGACUCCUGGACGUUUGAAACUCACAGAUCAACAUUUAAUUUUUAAAAAUCAAAAGACAGGAAAAGUGGAACAAAUUUCAGCAACAGAUAUGGAAAUGGUAAAUUAUCAAAAGUUCAUUGGUACUUGGGGUCUUCGAAUAUUUCUUAAAAAUGGAACUUUACAUAGAUUUCGUGGUUUUAAGGAAGGAGAUCAAGAAAAAAUUGCAAAAUUUUUUACACAAAAUUAUAAAAAAGACAUGUUGGAAAAAGAACUUAGCUUAAAAGGUUGGAAUUGGGGUACAGCUAGAUUUAAUGGUUCUGUAUUAAGUUUUGAUGUUGGUCAUCAUACUGCCUUUGAAAUUCCACUGUAUGAUGUAUCUCAAUGUAAUACUGGUAAAAAUGAAGUCACAUUGGAAUUUCAUCAGAAUGAUGAUGCUCCUGUAAGUUUAAUGGAAAUGAGAUUUCAUAUUCCUGUUAGUGACAGUGCAGAUCAAGACCCUGUAGAGGCAUUUCACCAACAAGUUAUGGAAAAAGCAUCUGUUAUUAGUGUUAGUGGAGAUGCUAUUGCUAUAUUUAGAGAGAUUCAAUGUCUUACACCUCGUGGUCGUUAUGAUAUAAAAAUAUUUCAAUCAUUUUUUCAAUUACAUGGUAAAACUUUUGAUUAUAAGAUUCCCAUGUCAACUGUUUUAAGGCUAUUCCUUUUACCACAUAAAGAUAAUAGGCAAAUGUAUUUUGUGGUUAGUUUAGAUCCGCCGAUUAAACAAGGUCAAACUCGUUAUCACUAUUUAGUAUUAUUAUUUAAUCAAGAAGAAGAAACUUCAAUUGAACUACCUUUUUCUGAAAAGGAAUUGAAAGAAAAAUAUGAAGAUAAAUUACCAAAAGAAUUAUCUGGGCCAACUUAUGAAGUUUUAGGAAAAGUAAUGAAAGUUAUAAUUAAUAGAAAACUUACCGGACCUGGAAAUUUCAUUAGUCAUUCUGGAACACUCGCAAUUAGUUGUUCAUUUAAAGCAGCAGCAGGUUAUUUGUAUCCUUUAGAAAGAGGUUUUAUUUACGUUCAUAAACCACCAAUUCAUAUACGUUUUGAGGAAAUUGCAUCAGUUAAUUUUGCCCGUGGUGGAGGUUCUACUAGGUCAUUCGAUUUUGAAAUCGAAUUGACUAGUGGUGUCGUUCAUACAUUUAGUAGUAUUGAAAAAGAAGAAUAUGGGAAAUUGUUUGAUUUUAUUACUUCAAAAAAAUUACGCGUUAAGAAUAGAGGCAAGAGUGAUAAAUUGAAUUAUGACAAUGACUUUGGAGACAGUGAUCAAGAAGAUGAACCAGAUGCUUAUUUAGCAAGAGUUAAAGCUGAAGCACAAGAAAGAGAUGCAGAGGAAAAUCAAGAUUCUGAAGAGGAAUCUACUGAUGAAGAUUUCAAUCCUAAUCAGAAUGAGAGUGACGUAGCAGAGGAAUAUGAUAGUAAUCCAAAUACUUCAGAAAGUGAAAAUGAUUCAGAUGCUUCUGGAAAAAGUCAAAAGAAAGAGAAGAAAGAAAAGAAGGAAAAAAAAUCGAAAUCUGCUAAAACCGUGGCAGAGAAGCCUAGAAAACCUAGAAAGCAAAAGAAAGAGAAAGAUGCAAAUAAACCUAAAAGACCACCAACUGCAUUUAUGAUAUGGUUAAAUAGUGCUCGAGAAAGAAUUAAAGCAGAAAAUCCAGGAAUUGCAGUUACAGAAAUUGCAAAGAAAGGAGGUGAAAUGUGGAGAGAACUUAAAGAUAAAUCUGAAUGGGAACAAAAAGCAGCAAAAGCAAAGAAAGAAUAUACUGCAUCAAUGAAAGAAUAUGAAGCUAGCGGAGGUGGCCAAAAAGAGAAGAAAGAUAAGGGAGAAAAGAAGAAAAAAGAAAACAAAAAAGAAUCUCCCAAUAAAGGGAUGUCAGGAACUAAUUUCAAAAGUAAAGAAUAUAUUAGCAAUGAUGAAAGCAGUAGCGAUGAGGAUAAUAAGAAAUCAGAAAAGAAGCGCACUGAUGAAGACACUGACGAAGAUAAAGAGAAAAAAAGGGGAGAUAAACGUAGUGUGGAUGAUGAUGAUAAAAAGGCGAAGAAAGCAAAAAAAGAAGAAUCUGACGAAGGUAGCGAUGAAGAACCCAUUGAAAGUACUCCACCUUCUAGUGAAGCAGAAUCUAAAGACAGUGACUAA